UAUCAUAUCUAAAGAUUUUUGUAAACUCACAUUUACUCUGCUUUGAUUUUUUGAAUUGAGGACGACGUCUUCUUGGUUGGUUAGAUGAACGCUAAUGUUACUCGACCAACAAAGUGCUUGUGCUUUCCUAAAGAUGUGAAAUGGAGUGGCCAAAACAUUGCUCGAAGAGCCAGGAACAUAAGAUUUCAAGCAGCUUAUAUGUUGCUAGGAUUAAGAGUUGAUUCUUGAUUGCGCAUAUGAUUGUUUAUCCGAACUUGCCUUGUCACACUUAUGGUGUCGAGAUGCCUAUGCAUGAGCGGAUGCGACAAGUAUGAAGCUUAUUCAUAGUUGCAGCUCGAAUACCAUACAUAUAGGGAAGUGACCUUAUUGCAUACUGUGACAUAUGCAAUAUGAAUGUCGACUCUCCCACGUGCCUUGCUAAAGCGUGGAAUCCACGAUCACUAUCCUGAGGGGGAAUCGUUCAUAAUCAUAGCAAAGUCAAUGGAACUCUAAGGGGAGCUUGCCUGUGUAACACCUUUCUCUUAUGCUUCCUCACUUGUCCAGUAGCGUAGAUUUACUUUUCCGCAACGCAUUACUUCGAACUCUUAUUUUCUGCAAAAUAGGAGGCACCUCAAACUCCAAAACCGCUCUCUUCUUCAGUAGAAUCGUACCUCACUUCCAAAGUAAGGUUCUGCGAGAGGCCCUACAGAAAUACGAUCCUGGCCUUAGGGCGUGGUAAAUUUGGCUCAGUUCUACAACAGAUCAAAUUUUGGCACCGUUGCUGAGGACAUCUAGCAAGUUUCAGAAAAGAGAACGAGGUAAGAUUCUAUUAUUUUUUCUGUUCGUGUUUAAUUUUUUUCGUUUUUAGUCAAAAGUAGUCCCGACAGAACCGACGUCGGAGUGCUGAUUUUCUUCCAUAAACCGGCGGCCAGAGCUCCAGUUUUGCCUUUGUGUUUAUUUCAUUUUUGUUUUUAAUUUUCUUUUCGUAUUUUUUUUUUGAUUUUUUUUUUGUCGCGUGUGUGUGGCUGGAGUUCAGGGAACAAGUGCAAUGACUCCAAAAACGACGAAAAUACUUCAAGUUUUUUUCGUAGAUAGCACCAAUUUUUGAGGAGGUCGUUCCACUUCCAAAACUUGACCUCUUUCCUGUCCAUUAGCCUUUCACAAAUCAGGGCCAAAGUCAAGAAAUUUAGACAAAAAAGAUUUGCUCAAGGUUAUGAGUGCAUGAGUGGUAAUUCAUAUUCAUCUGAUAAGAGGACGGCACCUCCCAAAAAGAACAGAGUAAAGAAGAAGCUACUUCCCGCUCUUUACUCAAACCUUCUCUUAAAUGAAGGUUCAAAAGUCCAGAGCAAAUCCUGUGCCUCUGAACCCCCAUCACCUAGAGCUAUGGCCGAACGAACUCUAUAUGAGUAUACAAGGCCUCAAGUUGUGAAUAUCGCUUCCAACAUCGUCCUACCUCAGGUCAAUGUGGCUAACUUUGAGCUAUACUAGUUAGCCACACACUUCAAUAAUCCAUAGUGUCCAGAAUGUUGGACGUUUUCAGGGUCGAGACAACGAGAAUCCAGUCGAGCAUAUCAAAACGUUUAUGGAAAUAUGUGAUUCUUCACAGCAGCUAAGCGUAGAGGCUACGUCUCUUUCCUUUCUCUCUCGUAGGAAAGGAAAAGAACUGGCUAUUUGGGCAACCAGAAGGAUCAUUCCAAACGUAGGAUGCAUUGGUCCAAACUUUUAUCGAGGAGUUCUUCCCUCAAUGGAAAACCGACAAGGUAAGGGACCAAAUCGCUUGAUCCAGGAAAAGACCUCAUGAGUGAAAAAACCCAAGAAAUGGCCAAAACUCUUCCAAGCAACACAAAGAACAACCCAAAGGAAGAGGUUAAGAAACUUGAGGUCAGAUCGUCUAUUUAUGCCCACGACACGAACAUGGAAAGGGAUAGGAACUCAGAGGAUACAGAGCUGGAAGUUAAGGUGGAAUUUUCCUACCGGGCACAAAAUGGCGCCAUAGACGCCCCUUUUGGGCUAAAAAUGGCGCCAAGAGAGGCAGUGCUUGAGACCCCCAGAAAAAACUCAAGAAGCUGGGCCUUCGAUCAUUCUGGAUUCUUAUGGGCUGCACAAGCAGAAACUGAGGUCGUCUGGACCAUAAAGGUACGCUUAGGGAAACUUGAGAUGGAUGUCGACCGUGCUUAAAUUCCUUUCUCUCCUUGCUAUGAGUUCCCAAGACUUAUUUUGGGAAAAGAAGCAAGUGAAGAACAAAAUUCCUAACGUGGCGACAAUCUCAUAUGUGGGUGAGGGAAACACGAACCAACGAAACUCCUACAAGGGGCAUUUCACAUACCCUCACAACAAUAAGGAAGCUUGUAACCCCAUAUGAAGGCUCUCGUAAUCACCUUCUUCACAAUGAGGAAUAUUCUCUUUACUCGGGCAUGACCCCUCCCACUCCUAAACUCUUGUACGAACAUAUUGGCUAGGAGGUAAAAACUGUCAUGACGAUUAAGGUGAGGAUCAGUCCUCACCAGAGAGGAAUUGGUGGCCCUAGUGAUGAAAAAUCUUUCUAAAAUGUCUCAUGAUCGUGAGUUAUCUCACAAACUCACGAUGGAAGACAUAACUUCCCACAUGCAACUCUUGGUGCUACGAAAUUGCCUGAUCCGGGUCGAGUCGUAUUCCCAUGUGCUAUCAAUGAUCAUCACAAAAUGAAAGCACUUAUCGAUC